AUGGUGAACCACAGAGUUCAGCUGGUGCAGAGCAAAAGGUACUCCACCCCUAGGAGGCCCUUUGAGAAACCCAGGCUUGACCAGGAGUUAAAGUUGGUUGGUGAAUAUGGUCUCCGCAACAAGAGAGAAUUAUGGAUCGUAAAGAUGUUCCUCGCAAAAAUCCGUAAAGCUGCCCGUGAGUUGCUGACAUUGGAUGAGAAGGAUGCCCGUCGACUUUUCCAGGGAAAUGCUCUGCUGCGUCGUCUGGUGCGAACGGGUGUUUUGGAAGAAGGGCGCAUGAAACUCGAUUAUGUGUUGGGUCUGAAACCUGAAGAUUUCCUUGAGCGACGUCUUCAGACACAGGUGUUCAAGCUGGGUCUAGCCAAGUCUAUUCACCAUGCCCGUGUACUCAUCAAACAAGGACACAUUAGAGUUCGUAAGCAAGUUGUGAAUGUACCUUCAUUCAUUGUGCGCCUCGACUCUCAGAAACACAUCGACUUCUCUCUAAAGAGUCCGUUCGGUGGUGGCCGCUACGGUCGUGUCAAGAGGAAGAACAUGCGCAAGGGCGGCAGCAAGGCUGAUGAUGGCAGUGGUGAUGACGAGUAGACUGUCAGUCCAAUUGUAUACAGUACUUCAAUAAAGUGAAGCUCUUUAA